AUGGCCCUUGGCUUCGACAUGGUCCCUCCGCUCACAAGCAGUCCAGAGGACAAGAAUAAGUGGAAAGCCUUCCUCGCCAGCGUUAUAGCGACCUUCGCCGAGGACAAGGGCGUCGUGCUCACGGCGAACAGAGUUUACUUCCCUGUGGGCGGCUAUUUGAUCCUCCCUUUCGCGGGACACAAGUUUCGCCGCUUUGGGUCCAUCCUUCGGGCCAUACCAAUUGAAGAGAGGGCUUACAUCACCAAAGUUUCGGGACUGGUUGGCGACCAUUUCGGCGACCGUGUCGUGUUCUGGGACCACACUUUCGGCAUCGAUGGCCACUAUGACUGGGACGAGGUCAGGACGUCGAUUGCGACGUACGAUGAGGUAUCUAAAUCCCCUACACAGUUCGCAACGUCGGGGAUUAUCAGGAGGUCUCUAACGCUUGCCCACAGCUUACUAGCUUGUUUCGUGAGGGACAAUGCGGGGCCGCCGGCGCCGGUGCAAGGAGAAGCGAUGUGGCUCGGCAAUGGCAUUAGUUGGCCACGCAUUAGAUGUUUGUGUGAAUAUCUCGUUCUCCAUCCAUCACACGCCUUUUACAGCUUAAGAUUUAUUGUUCGAUUUGACACCAUCCACUCAAAGCAGCCUUUUUUCCAGCCAGCCCACUCGCUCAAGACUUCCCCGACCCCUCAACAUGAUAGAGAACGUCUCGCCGUCGACAUCGAGACGCUCCUCUCCUAUCUGCAUUUGGUUAUCGCGGGAUAUAACGAGUGUAUCUGCUGUGGUACCCAGCGGAACACGACUCAAGCAGUCCAGCAACAUAUGCUGGGGAAGGGCCACUGCAAGUUCGACAUCGAGAGUCCGGACUCGGAAUAUACCGACUUCUACACCUUCUCUGUGUCAGAGGCCGAGAGUGAGGAAGGGGAGGAUGAGGAUUGCAACCCAGCUUCCGCAGGUGGCAAGGCAGAGAGCCUCUUGGUGCAGGAUGACGAGGGGUUGCUACGAUUGCCUUCUGGCCGGACUGUCUCCAACCGCACCCAGCAGCAAACAAGGCCUCGACGGAAGCCGCGCAGAUCCAGCUCUCCGGGGGAGAAGGAAAGGCUUGAGGAGACCAAAGUCACAAGCGAUACACGGACGCAUCAGGUACCGUCAACAGCUUCGCCAGAGUCAGUAGAAGCAGCACAAACGGGAUCAAGUGGAGGGGACUUGACAAGAGCCGAGAGGCGGGAGCACACAAUCAACAAACAGCUCGCCAGCCUGCGGGCUAGUGAUGCCGGCGCCUUGACGCACCUUUCAGAUUCGGAGAAGAGAGCGGUGCUGGCGACGCAGCAACAGCAGCUGGAGAAGGCGGCUCGGGCUGAGCAGAGAUACAGGACCAGACUGGAAGGGCUUGGCAACAAGUUCUUGAUGGGGCACUUUGUGAAGGAUGCGGCGGACAAGAGAACACUGUGGAAAUGA